UAGAGAAUCAGGCUUCAACAAGGCCCACUUUGGGCUUUGGCUCUGUCGAAUAUUAGGUAAAUAUGGGCCGUCCACUUCUCUCCAUUUAAUCACAGAAGUCACGUCUCCCAACUCGUCAACUGAAAAUCCUUCGCCGUCUGAUAAUUUCAAAGCCAAUGUACCGGAUUAAUCCACCGCUAGCUCCCUCUUUCCUCUUCCUCUUCCUCCUUCUCACCACCACCACCAGUUUCGCUCCAUCCUCCCUUUUCAGCUCUUACUCCCAAUACAAAACAGUUGUCUCCCUCUCCCAUUCCCUCCUCAUACGCGUGUCCAACCUGCGUGCUGAACGCGGCGACAUAGCCGGCGCAAAUCGUGCGAAGCUAAUAGCUCAGAAGUUGGAGAAAGGGUUAGGAUCUGGUUUCUGGAGUUUGGCGUGGUCGGUAGGGUGGGAUUAUGCAAAAAACUACGCGUGGAGGGAAUUGGAUUAUACGGAGCUGUACGGCAUCGUUUCGGACUUAAAUGAGUUGGCUAGGUUUUUGGCCCAGUUAACUAGGGCAGAAUCGCAGGUGGAGAGAGUCUCUUGGGUUGCGAGAAACUACAGUGAUGUCGUAAGAAUUGCUAAGUCGGUGUUAAAAAGGUUUAUCCACGUGUUUAAUCGAUCGGAAGCUUUGAAGGAGGUGGCGGAGGCGGUGCAGAGAGAGGUGGUGGAUGGUGGAUUAUUAAGGGACUGCCUUGAAUUGGGAAGCAAUGACUUGAAAGGUUUGGUUCAAAUUGUUAAGGAUUUAGCAUCACAAUUUUAUUCCACUUCUGACCAUAAUAGCGAACUUUGAUAACUGAGACUAUAAUUAUAUCAAUUCUUUGAAUCUUCACAAAAUUGUACUCAAAACCAAUAUCAAUAGACUAUAGAAAUACAAAUAUCGAAACCAGAUAUUCUUUUGCAUACAAAAUUUAGUGCUCCUUUUGGAUGUUUAAGUCCUUGUUGAUUAAGAAAUGUAAGUUAGUGGUUGCUGGAGUUAAAAAGAAAGAAGUCAGUCUGCUCAAUUUAAUAUAAGUAGGAUUUGAACUCGAGAUUAGGGUUUCAACUUUGAUUAAUUUACCUUCUGGAACUGAAAUUGUAAUUAAAACAGGUAUUAUUGUCUUCGGAGAUUAUAUUAUAUUAAAAUCGUUGGAUUGUUAUUAAUGGA